AUGAAGUUCGACGUGUUGAUCCUUGCCAGUGGCCUCUCCGGUAUGGCUCAGGCGGCCGCCGUGAACACCACGACCUCCGCGGUCCCCAGCCCGACAGAGCCAUGCGCUGUUGCCAGUGCUGCAUACGCGUCGCAGAUCGCCGUGUCUCCCUCUGCCACUCCCACAGUCGCUGCCGACAUCGCUCAUGAGUGCUUGCUCUCUGUGCCUCUGGGCAAGGAGGCAGCCAUCGAGCUUGUUGACUCGAUCGAGCCUUAUCUGGAAUGGCAAUCAGACUCUGCAUAUCUGGCAGACCCACCGGCAGAUUACUUCUACCCGGCUUACGACAUGUUUGCUAACCUGGCUACCAUCCGCACCAAGCUCGAGAGUGAUGGCUACGCGGGCGAGUAUGAGUUUCAGGCGGAGUUGUACAAUACUGUCUUCGGCCCAGCCCACGACGGUCACUUUGUCUACUACCCUGACCUGCUGACUCUCGUCUUCGACUGGAACCGACCGCUGUCACUGGUGUCGAUCAGUGAGGACCAGUCCUCUUUGCCAGAGAUCAAGGUCUACCAGGAUGUCAUCUCAUCUCCCAGCAACGCCUCAACCGUAACCCUGAUCAAUGGGAUUGACGCAGCUACGUAUCUCGGAGACACCAUCAACCAGGCUGGUUGGAACCAGGAUGUAGACUCGGCUUACAACUCCAUGUUCUUUGAGCUGUCUGCGCCUGCUGCCGGCUUGGGCGUGGGAUACUUCCAGGGUGGUGGCCGUAUUCGGUACAUCUACCACGGCGACAACACCAAUAUCACAUUCGCCAACGGGACUGAGAUCACUCUGGAGAACUACGCCCGUAUCAAGGUGCCCCUGACGGGUAUCACAGAUGGAGAGUCCAUGUACGAGACAUUCUGCAACCCCAACGGCUACGACAGUGGUGCAGCCGCCACUUCUGUCACCAACGCUACUUCGGCUACUCUGGCGAGCAUUCCCGGCUAUCCCACGCCUGUGGUCAUCACCAAUGAUGCUAUUGUUGCUGGCUUUUACCUUGAUGGCGAGGGAUACGAAGACGUCGCAGUCAUUGUACUACUGGCCUUUGAGAGCGAGUCUCCAGCCGAGUUCCAGGCUGUAGCCUCCAAGUUCUUUGCGGAUGCCGUUGCCGCUGGUAAGACCAAGCUGGUCAUCGACUUCCAAGGAAACGGCGGCGGCUACAUUCUGCAAGGAUAUGACUUCUUCCGCCAGCUGUUCCCCCAGGUGCAAGAGGACGGAUUCUCGCGUUGGAAGGAUAGUGAUUCUUUCUUGGCCAUAUCUGACGUUGUGUCCACUCUGGUCGCCAAGAUCGACCCGUACACAUCCGACGACGAGACUCUGAUCGGCUACUACGAGAGUUGGUUCAACUACCGCUACGACCUCAACCUCACCCUGGAUCCGUUCCUCACUUUCGAGGACAAGUUCGGCCCCGUCGUCUACCAGGACACGAACUACACCGAUAUCAUGCGUUGGAAUCUCAACGACAACCUGACGACCACCAACGAGACCUUUGGCCUGGGCAUUGAAAUCUCCGGUUACGGCACCCUCGCCAACCUCACGCAGCCCUUCGCAGCAGAGAACAUUGUCAUGCUCUACGACGGUGUCUGCGCCAGCACAUGCACCCUCGCGUCGGAGAUGCUCCGCAUCCAGGGCGGCGUCAAGUCCGUCGCCAUGGGCGGCCGGCCCCAGGAAGGUCCAAUCCAGGGUGUUGGCGGUGUCAAGGGCGCGCAAGUGCUGGACUGGGGCACCGUGCUGGCCUUCAACCAGUUCGCGCUCCAGGACGGCGCGAACAUCACCGACGACGCCCAGAAGGCUGCGCUGGAGCGCUAUACCGACUUGGCCGUCAACCGCAGCACUGCGGCGGCCAUCAACGGGCGUGACCAGAUCCUCCGCGACAACGUCGAGGACGGCUUGCCCGCGCAGUUCGUAGCCGAGGAGGCCGACUGCAGGCUGUACUGGACCCUGCCCAUGAUCACGGACAUCACGGCGGUGUGGAAGGCCGUUGCUGACUCGGCGUGGAACGGCGCUACAUGUGCUUAUGGGAGCAUCUCCACCUCCUCGUCUGGCACUGCCUCGAAGAGGAAUGCAGGUGAUGUUGCUGGCGGGCGUAUCGCCCGGCCGAUCCAGCGCCACCCUACGAGGAUCAGCAGGCGGGAGCUUUCCCAGCCGGAGAGCGUUAAGGCGAAGCACAUCCUGAAGGCCAUUCCUUAA